AUGCUGUCGCUUUUCAAACCCGUCUGCUGCUGGCUGCUGCUCAUCUCCUGCUGUGCUCUCCCAACACAACGACCACGACCACGACCACGACCACGACCAUGUUUGCUGCUCGCUUGGCACGCGUCACCACCGUUGCACGGCGCUUUGCGUCCGAGCAACCGGCACAGGCACUCCGCUUCGCCGUUGCACCAAAGAUUGACACACCGCCUGCAGCAAAGGACUUGAUCUUGGAGCAGCCCAUCACAGUUGUGGAUGGUCGCGUCGUCGCAUCCGGCGGUGGCAGCACCGGCCACCCCAUCAACUUCCUCAACUUGGACCAGAACAAGGUGGUGAUGUGCCCUUACUCGGGCGACUUCUUCAUCCGCAAGGGCGCCAUCAAGCCGCUGCUGUCCCGUGGUGCCAUCAUUGAGAAGGAUGGCCAGUACUUUAAGAACCCAGACGUCACCGACGAAGAGUAAACGCAUGCGCGGCCUCUCGCUGUUGCUCGAGGCCGUGUGAGCGUUGCUUUCGCUGGUGUUGGUUGACUGGUUGGUUGGAAGCUUGUGGUAAAGAUGUCCUUCCUGUCUGUGAUACGUGUCAUGUAUGUCACACGUGUGUGCGUACACAUAUGCGUGUGUAUGUGUGUGUGUGUGUGUGCUUGAACUUGACGAACAACGACGGAGAGGUUGAGAGGAACGGCUGUGUUGUGUUUGCGUGCGUCAAUCAGCAUGCUGCGUGUCAGUGUUGUUUAUGCGGUUGAUCGUGAGGAUUAAAAACACAUGCACA